AUGCACACUCCACACAGAAAGAUUCCGGACCCAGGGUCAAACCCAGGACUUUCGUAUUUCUCUGCCGGACUCGGACUGAUAACGGUGUUGCACAUAUAUUUAGAACCCUGGAGAGGAACACUGCUAACGCAGUAUUUUAAUUUAACACACUUUGCUUUAUCGUGUGAUUCAACUGUCUGUCAGUACAUCCUGCCAGAUUGUUUAAAUGUCGUGGUGAUGGCGGAUGACGAUGAUUGCCCAGAGUUGGUGCCCAUCGACACCGAGCCGGAUGGUCCUGCAGAGCAGAUCCCUGUCACCAUCAUCACUGGCUACCUUGGCGCUGGAAAGACCACACUGCUGAACUACAUUUUAACCGAACAACAUAGCAAACGGAUUGCUGUCAUACUCAAUGAAUUUGGAGAAGGUAGCGCCCUUGAGAAGUCCCUGGCAGUGAGCCAUGCUGGAGAACUUUAUGAGGAGUGGUUGGAGCUGAGAAAUGGCUGCCUUUGUUGCUCUGUCAAGGACAAUGGCCUUAAAGCUAUUGAGAACCUGAUGGAGAAGAAGGGAAAGUUUGACUACAUCCUUUUGGAAACCACAGGACUUGCUGAUCCAGGUGCUGUAGCCUCCAUGUUCUGGGUUGACGCAGAACUCGGCAGUGACAUCUACCUGGAUGGCAUCGUGACCGUCAUCGACGCCAAGUAUGGACUGCAGCAUCUAACAGAGGAAAAAGCUGAUGGUCUUGUGAAUGAAGCUGCAAGGCAAAUUGCGCUGGCUGACCUGACUAUUAUCAAUAAGACUGAUCUGGUGACGGAAGAAAAACUUGCUCAAAUCCGAGAUGCUGUUAGGUCAAUCAACGGUGUGGCCAAGCUCCUGGAAACCCAGAGAUCAAGGGUAGACCUCUCUGAAGUUCUCGACCUUCACGCCUUUGACAGUAAAGAUGGCACAAAUUUAUCCGAGAAGUUGCAGAUGGUGAAACCGACCAGCCCUCAUCUUGAUAAGAGUAUUUUAACGAUGACGUUUGAAGUGGUUGGAAGUCUUUCAGAGGAUGCCCUAAAUGUUUUCAUUCAGGAUCUCCUUUGGGAAAAGACGCUGAAAAACAAAGAGGGGCAACCCAUGACUGUCAUCCGCUUAAAGGGAAUAGUGGCGCUGGCGGCUAAAGCCCACCAAGUCAUGCUGCAGGGGGUCCACGAGCUGUAUGAGCUCAAUGAGACACCCCAGCUUUGGGGGGAGCACCUGCGGGUCAGCCGACUGGUCUUUAUAGGAAGGAACUUGGACAAGGAUAUUCUGCAACAACAUUUCAUCUCCACGGUGGUACAAAGAGAUAAAUAACCAGAAGAAGAUACGGUCUAAACAGAAGAGCAGAUCUUCGGGCUCGGUCUGUUAUUUCCUCAAGAUGAUGAAGCACAUGCACGAGAGGUUAGCUGAUGUUAACGAGAAUAGGAGGCGUGUGGUUUUCUAUUUAUAAUGGUUUCUAUAAACAAUACCAAUUAUGUACUUUGUUACAAGUGAGUAGUGCAUUAUUGCUGUCCAAUGAAAACCAUAUAAAGUAUCUCCCUUUUGUGUUUUUUUCCUUUAUAGCUGAAACAUGAAGAACAUAUGUGUAUGCUUUUCCAUUAAAUACAACACAAACUUACAAAUAUGGGGCAAAAAAAAUUGCUUUUCAUUGGCGGAAACAGUUGUCCAAUUAAAGCCUACAUCUCCACAUGAGUUUUUCUAUGUUAGAUCCAAAAUAUGAAUAAAUAUGACCUGUUUUUCAGAUGAAGACUUUCAACAUUUGGAGAGAACAUGUUUUCAUUGACACCUUUGAAAAACAUGAGGGGUGUAACGGUACGUGUAUUUGUAUCGAACCGUUUCGGUACAGGGUGUUCCGGUUCGGUUCGGAGGUGUACCGAAUGAGUUUCCACACGGACAUAUUAAGUAGCGUACCGCACGUUGUGUAACCAAUGAACACCGAGGCACAACACACGGCAUGCUAGCAGCUAACAGGCUACAAUAGACUGACCAUACGUCCUCUUUUCACCGGACAUGUCCUCUUGCGGAGCUGUCAGGGCGGGGUUUCUUAAAUGCCUCAAAUGUCCGGCAUUUUGAGUUAGGGUUGCGUGUAUUUUCAAUGUACGUUCAGGGUUAAGAAGGGGUUAAAAACAAAACAAAUUGUGCACAUGGCAGCAUUGGUGAGGGAGGGGCAGAGACAGAGAGAACGAGAGAGUUAUGAUAAACGCGCCUGCGUCGCCAGGCUCUGCUUUUUAUCCAUAGAUUUAUCAGAUUUAAUUUUUUAUCAUCUAUAGCAGGGGUGUCAAAAGUGUGCCCCGGAGGCCAUUUGCGGCCCACAGCUACUGUUUUAAAGGCCCACUGUCAGGCUUGGUAAAAAGGAUAGGACUCAGAUGCAGAGUAGGGAACUUAGACAGGCUUUUAUUUUGACAGCUUCCUUUCACCUCCAAAGUCAAGGAAUUACAAUAUCUAUAUUAACCAAAAAACUAAUCGGCGAAAAAGGUUCCAAAAAAUAGGAACAACCGAAAAUCACUCCGAACGGACGAAAACACAAAAGCAAAGAACUAUAAUUGGCGCCGUAUAUGCUAUAAAAUGUAUUAACAAAAAAACGCUCCAACAGGAGGAAGAAACAACAGCUAUGAAAAAUUCUACACUAUCUAAUCUAAUAAAGUUUAACAAAAAUUGUCACUCAAAAAUUUGAGGAAAGAAUGAAAAAUAACUGAUAACUAGUGAUGGGUCCGGCAACACCGAUGCAUCGGCGCAUGCGUCGAGCUCAUAGAGCGAAACCCUGUGUCGGUGCGCGUACCGCUUUUAGAAAGUCACGUGACCGAUCAUGAGCUGUUUUGGUCACGUGACCGAUUCGCGAACUGUGUCGCACUGACGCCUCCUCUGUGCCCUGUGAGCGGGUCUUUUCUACAGCCGGAGAAAUAAUAACUAAGAAGAGAAAGCGUCUAAAAUUGAAUACGUUAGAAAAACUGUUUUUUUUUUAAAUAAAAAUGUGUAAAAAAAAAAAAAAAAAAUUCCAGGUCCACAAGCAUCCUCAUCCACAACACGUUCUCUUAGAUUUCUAUGUUAUGAUACAUGUUCACAACAUUAUUUAUUGACUGUAUUUAAAAAAGACAAAAAAUAUAUUUUUAUUUAAAUUAAGUUAUUAAAUCAUUCUAAAUGAAAUACAAUGACUUGGUUUAUAUUAUUGUAUAUACUAGGUCAGUGGUUCUCAACCUUUUUUCAGCAAUGUACCCCCUGUGAAUUUUUUUUAAAUUCAAGUACCCCCUAAUCAGAGCACAGCAUUUUUGGUUGAAAAAAAAAAAAGAUAAAGAAAUAAAAUACAGCACUAUGUCAUCAGUUUCUGAUUUAUUAGAUUGUAUAACAGUGCAAAAUAUUGCUCAUUUGUAGUCGUCUUUCUUGAACUAUUUGGAAAAAAAGAUAAACAUAACUAAAAACUUGUUGAAAAAUAAACAAGUGAUUCAAUUAUAAAUAAAGAUUUUUACACAUAGAAGUAAUCAUCAACUUAAAGUGCCCUCUUUGGGGAUUGUAAUAGAGAUCCAUCUGGAUUCAUGAACUUAAUUCUAAACAUUUCUUCACAAAAAAAAAAUCUUUAACAUCAAUAUUUAUGGAACAUGUCCACAAAAAAUCUAGCUGUCAACACUGAAUAUUGCAUUGUUGCAUUUCUUUUCACAGUUCUUUUUGACAGACAUUUCAGUGACAAACCUGAGCUUGUGCUUCACUGAGUUUAUGAACUUACAUUCAUAUUUUGUUGAAGUAUUAUUCAAUAAAUAUAUUUAUAAAGGAUUUCUGAAUUGUUGUUAUUUUUAGAAUAUUUAAAAAAAAUCUCACGUACCCCUUGGCAUACCUUCAAGUACCCCCAGGGGUACGCGUACCCCCAUUUGAGAACCACUGUACUAGGUCAUAAAAUCAGUGCCAGUUGAGUCGGUCCAUAGGUUGCCUGUAGGGAUUUUUAAUGUCCAGCAGAUGUCAGUAUUUAGUGACACAGUAUCGACACAGUAUAAAUACAGUUUUGCAAUGUGUCGAAACGCUUCAUGACGCCUCAUCAACCCAUCACUACUGAUAACUCACCACUUCGGCUGAAUAAACUAAAUAACAAAAAAUCACUCUGCUGAGAAGGAAGAAAGGAAAACUCAAAAUAGCAACGAAGGGAUUCAGGAUCAAGGAACAUAAGCACGAGGCAAGGCAUGGACAUGGACAUGGAUGCUAGAGAGCACGAAUAAACGAGACAAUCUGGCACAGAACAAAGGGAGGAGUGGGCUUAUAAGACACAUGAGGGUAAUAGGGAACAGGUGGAAACAAUCAGGGAACCGGGAUGACGUCAGACUGAUGACACAAAAGGAAGGGCAAGUGACCUGAAACGAGAGGAGAGUUACUUUUCAAACUAAAACAUGCAAAUCACAAGACAGAAAAAAACAAGACAAGACAUCCCUCACCACGAUGUGACACCCAUGGCACAUUCUAAAAAUAUUAUUAAAAUAAACAAAAACAUAACAAAAGUGAAAUAAAAAAGCUUAAAGGUUAAAUGUAAUUUAGAAAAAGUUGCAAUGUUGACUAAUAAAACAAAGCUGUUUUUUUUUUCUUUCAAACUGUCAUUGCUCAAAACAUUAUAUUGAAUCAAAAUCAAUGUUAUUAUGAAUUAUUGACCUAUCCAAGGUUCCGAUUACUUCACAUCAAAUAUUCCACUAAGAAAAAUAUUUUUGGUGGAAAAGUUUGCAAAUUUGGUUAAUAAAUAACCCAAAAAUUUAUAUUUUGUUGUUUUCUUACUGUACCAAAAAUGAACCGAACCGUGACCUCUAAACCGAGGUACGUACCGAACCGAAAUUUUUGUGUACCGUUACACCCUUAAAAAACAUAUCUCCAAAUUGUGUCGGUUUGCUUUAUUUUUUUAACAGAAAAAACAUUUAGUCAGUGUCUUGCAUGGAUGAAAUUGAAAACUGAACAGAAAAUGUGUAAAUACAGUAUAUGUAUUUUAUCAGGUAAUUCAUUAACAUACAGCCAAUUUUAUCAAAGCAUAGUUUCUACAUAUUUCAGGUAAAAUGAUGAAGGGGGUUUAUACAAUUUGGAGAUAUACUUGCUUUUCAUUGGACACAUACACUAUUUCUUGCUUUAGAAAUCAUGUUUUUUUAUUUUAUUUUACUAAUUCAUCUAGUCAAAUUUCCGCUUUAUUGUAUAAUUCUCACAGCCACAAGUGUCAGAUUAAAGAUAAUACUUUGAUUUGA